AUGGUUAUCGUCAUGAAGCAACGAUUACAUGACGAUUACACUUCUGCANUCUUUUUAAUCAGGGUACCCGAAAUCGGAGAAGACACCCACUUAUCUGAUGGUAUAUUGCAGCCAGAUGGGCUGCCAGCAUUUAAUGAUAUUACAAUUGAGAACUGUUUGGGCGCUAUUGGGCAACAAGCAGGUUUGGUUGAGAAAACUGUGAAAACCAUCGAAAACAAAAUAAUAGAUCAAAAUACGCCUGCACGUAGUUUAAAAAGCAUAUUCGAAGAACUGGAUAAAGUGGCAGGACCUUUAGACACGACAUGGGGCAUUGCCAAAGCUCUUUACUUGGGCAAUAGUACACUGAUACCGACUAAAUCAUACAUGAAUAUCCAUGAGCGCGCUCGAAUUGCACGAGCUUCUAAAUAUAAUAGUAAAGUAUUGCACGAUGGACUCGUCCAACGAUCGGAACAAGCCGAAGGUGACGAAGCGCGGUUGUUGCAGCGCUUCUUACUAGAGGGUAAAUUAAAUGGUCUUACUCAGACGCAGGAUAAACGCGAGAGUCUCAAAGACAUUCUCGUGCGGUUGGGUAGAGAACGUGCCAGCUUUAAAAACAAAGUAAACAUGUCUGUGCACACUUUUGGCCAUGCUAUAAAGGACUUUAAUCUUGUUCGCGACUUUCCUUUGACGCUUUUGGAAGCAAUAGCAAAGGAUUCCACUUCACCAACACAGGGUCCAUGGAAGAUUACUUUGCAACCUCAGAUCGUCGAAGGAUUCCUUAAAUACUGCCCAGACCGGACGCAACGCUGGAAUGUUUGGCAAGCCAAUGUACGCAAAGCGUCUGGACAACAAGAGCGUAGUCUAGAGAAUAGUACACAUUUGGAGAUUAUCCGAUCCUUCCGAAAGCGGCAAGCCAAUUUGCUAGGCUAUCCCAACUACGCAGCCAUGUCUAUGCAGACAAAGAUGGUUAAAAGCGUCGAUAACCUGAAACAGAUCUUUGCGAAUUUGUUAAAAUUUGCAGGACCAGCACAAUCGACUGAAAUUGAACAAUUGCAAAACUUCGCCGUUGAUAGUGGAUUCCAACAUAAAUUAGAUUUGUAUGACGUCGCCUAUUGGCAGAGGAAGCAUUUGCUUGCAAAUCAUCAGUUAAAUGAGGACAAGCUGCGCGAAUAUUUUCCUUUACCACAUGUUUUUGCUGGACUUAUAAAACUCAGCGAGAAUAUGCUAAAUAUUCGCAUAGUAGAAAGACAAAAUGUAGAGGUUUGGCAACCGGCUGUAAAAUACUAUGAUGUUUUCGAUAAUGAUGCAGGCGGCGAUGUUGCACCAGUCGGUGGUUUCUACAUUGAUUGCUAUUCGAAGGAGAAUAAAUUUGGUAAGAACAACGGAUGGAUGGUUAGUAUACGCAAUCGCAAUCCCUCUGCGCAACUGACGCCAUUGUGUGCGUUAAUCUUCAACUUUACUGAACCAUCCCAAGGCAAACCGUACCUACUGAGUUUCGAUGACUUAAACAUGGUUUUUAAAACCUUUGGUUCAGCUUUGCAACACUUACUUACCAAAGCGCCAUACACUGACUUGGCAGGGCUUUCUAACAUCGAAUGGGAUGCAUCACAAGUGGCGGGUAAUGUGAUGAGUAACUUUCUUGAUAACACUGCAAUUUUACAACAACUCUCCAAGCAUUAUUCAAGCGAUGAGGUUUUAUCUGCCGAUACAUUGGGAAAAAUUAAAUUAUUAAAGACAAGUUUGGCAGGUUACAACUUGUGCCGAGAACUAUACUUGGCGGAUCUAGACAUUGAACUGCAUCAAUCUGAUGCAUUUUGGCUUGAUGUGGUUAAAAAGCUGUGGCCUGUCUAUCAUUGUAUGCCGUUGGACAAAAAGGACGCACAUCCUUGUUCCAUGACAGAGAUUUUCUCCGGUGAUUGGGCUGCAGCACAAUUUAGUCAUCUCUACUCGAAAGUGAUAGCUGCAGACAUUAGUGCUCAAUUUGCAGAGAAAGGUGAAACUGAAUUGUCAACGACGGGAAAGCGUUUUAAGGAAACAUUCUUAGCGUUGGGUGGUUCCGUGCCCACAGCCGAGGUAUUUCGUCGUUUUCGUGGACGAGAUCCCUCAGUGGAAGCGCUGCUCAAGUCGCUAAAUAUAUUUAAUAAGACACAAACAACAGGCGAAUUAUAGAAGACACUAAAUGCAGUUUGAUAAAUGUCAUUCUUUCAUUUUGUUUUGUACUUUUGUUGAAUUGGCAAUGCCAAAACCAAAAAAUUUUUUUUAUUUAUAAUUAUUUACCUACAUAUAUAUGGACAUACAUACAUACACGUGUAUGUAUGUAUAUCGACGCUAGUUUAUACAUACAUAUAUAACGGAAUGAAUUAUAAAAUAGGCGAAAAUUCAUACCGCCACUAUUGCUGUAUGAAAACACCUGGGUAUUUGCUUUGUCGUCACACAAACCAUCUGCUGCACUUAACUACUUAUUGUAUAUUAUCAUACAAAUAACACCAACAAAGCGUAAUAGUACGUAGGAAUGAGUGAAUACAUUGUGAUGUUGAAAUAAUAAAAAAAAAGAAAUUUAACGGAAUCACUGUUUUUUUUUUUUGUAAUUUAAAGUUACUUCCUAAUUCUUUAUAAGAAGAAUUAAUUGGCCAGCAAAAUCACUAUGUUUCAUUAAAUAAAAAAAUACGAUGUGCCUUUUUAGGACAGUCGGGGGUCGACGGAAUUGGAACUGCGCAGAUAUAUGUAGUAUAUUUGACGAACGACUGUAACUUCAGCAGCAUUUUCG